AUGGCGCUUGCGGCCAUGAUUGCGAAACCCGUUGUGGGCCGUCGAGGAGUUUUCAGCAACCUUAUGAGUAGUGCAUUACAAUAUAAUGGUGGUGUUUUUGUUAUUUCUGUAGAGCUACUCAUUAUGAAGAGACCUGUCGCUAAAGCAACCGACUUAAGUUCGAUCCCUGAAGUACCAGCCACUCUGGUCGAUGGUUAUGGCCGGGGGCAAAGGGCUAAGGUGGGACGCUUUUACCGAGGCGCCUACGAAGAUGCUACCGGGGCUGAUGUGUCAUCCUAUGACUACAACCUUCGGGGUGGUUUGAGCGCUCAUGGUGACUCUGUCUACGAUGGCACUUCCGUAGAACAUGAUCAGGAGGCUGAAGCAGGUUAUUACACACAGGGAGGCAGUUUCUUCACACAUGGUAAGGCUGAAGACAACACGGACCACGGACUCGACUCCUAUCUUAAAGCCAAGGGCAAGUUUUACGGUACUGGAUAUGAAGAUGAAUCUUCCGAAUACCAGACUGUGACGAAGUUCCGCAGUGGUGGUGCUCAAAACGGUUAUAGUAAGAAGAAGCACUAUAACCAGUAUGAAAGCUAUGGACAAGCCAAGAAGACAGGUGACAAGAAGCUGAAGAGCAAUUUCGACCUGUACGGCAAGCUCAAGGCACAGGGCAAGUUCAACGGCUACGGUAAAAGUGAUAUUUUCAGCAAAUUUGACAAGUACGCUGAGUACGGCCAAGAGGGUAAAACCAAGGGAACAGCUGACAAAGAUGUCUACGGUAAACUUAAGGGUCGUAGUAAGUACGAUGCAUAUGGCAAACUGAGCGGAUACGGCAGCGGGAAUGACUACUCUAAAUACGGGAGCCAUGGAGACUACGACAAAUUAGGCAACCUUGGGGAGUACUAUGGCUACUAA